AUGCCGAACAAGCGCAAGUCCACAGAGCCUUUGCCGCCAGCCCCAGAUCAGCCGAAAGAUAAGAAGGCCAAGAUGGCUCCGGCGUCGAAUCCCCCCAAUCUGGCAGCGUCAGUGUCCACAGCCUUUACCUCCGUUGUCGGCGGGCUCACUGCCACCCUGCCAAGUCGAACCAAAGCCAGCAAGAAGAGCGCCAAAGUCCAACGUGCAAAGCCCUCAGGAUUUUAUCAGAGUGGAUCAGGCAACAGCACUGUAUCUCCCAUCCAACAGAAUUUGAGCAAACUAUUCGAUCAGUACCGAGACAACCCCAAAGAUGCACCGGACAAGAUCGGCAUCGAAGGCGCCCAGAAGUAUCUUACCGAUCUCAACGUCGAACUUGAUGAGGUGGCCCAUUUAGCCAUCUGCGACCUGCUACAAUGCCCCUCUAUUGGUGAAUUUGAACGUGACUCCUUCAUCUCUGGCUGGCGGGGCGUCUCGAUCGGUGACAAACCCUACGACACUAUAUCACGCCAAUCCCAAUACGUCAACACUAUUCGAAAGAGGGUUGUCACAGAUCCUGCGUAUUUCAAACAGGUAUAUCGAAAUGCUUUCAAGCUCGCCAAGCCAGAAGGUCAACGGAGUGUGCCAAUGGAUUCUGCAAUCGACUUCUGGAACAUGUUCUUCAGGCAGGGCAAAGGAGGGAUUGAGUGGAACACUUCGACCACCAAGUGGUUGGAUUUAUGGUGCGAAUUUUACGAAACGAAAAACAAGCGGCCGGUCAACAAAGAUCUCUGGAACAUGGUCUGCGAGCUGGUGUUCAAGACAAAAGAGCCCGGCGGAGAAACGCUCGAGUGGUGGACCGAGGAUGGAGCCUGGCCCAUGGCUGUCGACGAUUUUGUGGCCUACGUCAAAGACAAGAGAUCGGCUCAGACGGACAGUAUGGACAUUAGCUGA